CUCUGCCAUUUAAUUGGUGAACAGAACUUCCAGUCGCUCCCUCCCCGCCCUCCUCUCCAUUCGCCGGUGUGCCCGCCACUCAAACCAAUGCAACCCAGAAAGGGAACCGUGAGAGAAGAGAAAACCGUCUCGCAAUUGAUCAGCCAGCUGUCAAUCAGCAAUUCGUUCUCGCCGAUUGGCUGUUACGGUGUUUCGCGCCCCUCCCGUGACCGUCGGGCGUCGUCUGUUCGCUCACGGGGAACGACAGUCCCGAAGCAAAGCCCCGGGGCUGGAACACCCCGGGGACCUUCUGGAGACCCUCUAGGGACCAGAACCAGCAGGAAUUGGCUCGGGUCCCUGCCCUUUCUGGGUUUGGAGGGGUCUCUGUUGAGUUUGGGUGAUCUCUGGGGGGACUUUGAGCCUCUCCGGGCGUGGGCGUUCCCCAACCCUACAAGGCCCAACAUGGCGCCCGCGUUACCCCGGUAACGGUCACUUCUGGCGGCGGCGCCGCCACCUUUUCCGGUCACGUGCGCUCAAGAUGGCGGCGCCCACAGCGGGGCCCGCCCGGCCGGUCCCGGUCCUGCGGGUCGUGGCCGAGUGCGGGCGGAGCCGCGCCCGGGCCGGGGAGCUGCGGCUGCCGCACGGGAACGUGCCCUGCCCCGUGUUCAUGCCCGUGGGCACCCGCGGCACCGCCAAGGGCCUCACGGCCGCGCAGCUCGCGGCGCUCGGCUGCCGCAUCUGCCUCGGCAACACCUUCCACCUGGGCACGCGGCCGGGUUCCGAGCUGGUCCGACGUUCCGGGGGCCUCCACGGAUUCAUGGAUUGGCCCCACAACCUCCUAACGGACAGUGGAGGGUUCCAGAUGGUUUCCCUGCUGGAGCUGUCGGAGGUGUCGGAGGAGGGGGUCCGGUUCCGCCCCCCCCACGGCGGGGAGGAGAUCCUGCUCAGCCCGGAGAAAUCCAUGGAGAUCCAGAACGCUCUGGGUGCUGAUAUCGUGAUGCAGCUGGACGAUGUCGUGAGCAGCACCACGACGGGGCCGCGCGUCGAGGAGGCAAUGCACAGGUCAGUGCGGUGGCUCGAUCGCUGCGUGGCCGCUCACGCCCGGCCGGAGCAGCAGCUGCUCUUUGCCAUCAUCCAGGGGGGGCUGGACCCCGACCUGCGCCUGCGCUGCAUCCAAGCCAUGACCCAGCGGGACGUGCCGGGAUUCGCCAUUGGGGGCCUGAGCGGGGGCGAGGACAAGGCGCGGUUCUGGCGCACGGUGAAGUUCAGCGCCGAGCACCUGCCCCGGGACAAGCCCCGGUACCUCAUGGGUGUGGGCUACGCCACCGACCUGGUGGUUUGUGUCGCGCUGGGCUGUGACAUGUUCGACUGCGUGUUCCCCACGCGCACGGCGCGCUUCGGUUCCGCCUUGGUGCCCUGGGGGUCCCUGCAGCUGAAAAAUCACCAAUUCGCCAAAGAUUUCCGGCCCAUCGACGCCGACUGUGGCUGCUCCACGUGCCAGAGGUAUUCCCGGGCAUACCUGCACGCGCUGCUCCGCUCCAACACGGCCGCGCUGCACCUGCUCACCCUGCACAACAUCGCCUACCAGAUGAAGCUGAUGAGCUCCAUGCGGGAGAGCAUCCUGCAGCAGCGCUUCCCGGAGUUCGUGCGGGAGUUCAUGGACGCGAUGUACGGGGGCCGGGGGGGGCCCCCUCUCUGGGUAAAGGAGGCUCUGGAGUCUGUGGGAAUCACCCUGGAUUGAGGGGAGCCCCCUCCAGGUUCCUGGGGAGCCCCAAGAACCACCCCUGUUCCCAAGGAACCUCCCCCAUUCCCCCCAGCUCCCCCCAAUUCCCAGGCCCCACCUUUGUCCCCCCACCAUGUUCCAUUUUUAUACAUUUUUUUUGUGGCUUUUUUUACUGCUUUGGGUUUUUUAAAGAGGUGUGAAAUAAAAGAGUCUGGAAGGGAAA